AUGGAGCUUACUUGGCUCGCCGAUACCCCUCAAUCUAGACGCCGGACGCGGGCGUUGCGAGCAUGUGCUACUUGCCAACGACGAAAGAAACGCUGCCGCCAUCUAGACACAGCGAACGGCGUAAGCCAUAAUUACGUCCCACAGACAGGUGCCAGCAGCCAUGUACCGCUACAGCGGCAACAACAGAGUACUGCUAUCACUGGCGAUCAACCGGUUGAUACGACCCUAGCAGGUAGUCUUAGCAUUCCAGGCGGCGUGCCCUCAAGCACCUCUCGAACAGAACGGUUUGUUGGAGACCUAAAUCCAGAAGCUGUGAUCCGGGAGAAACUGGACUCUGCCAACGCAAGCCAUCUGCGGGAUCGAAUCGGGCUCUGGAUCAGCUCGUCGGAAGUUCAUGGCCAUAAGAAGCAUGUGCCUAAUACUGACCAUGAGUGGACCGGACACCGUCCCCCAAAUGGGCCAGAGUUACCAUCUGUCGCAUCCGCGCUCAAUCAACAAUAUUCAUCUGGCAUGGAUGCCUGUCGCCGUUUGCCCCAUUCUACCCGCCAUCAUCUGUUCUCAAUUUAUUUCAGCAAGGUCAACCAUAUCCUACCCCUUGUCGACCAGGCAUCUUCAACCCAGGCCAACUCAGAUAGCAUUGCAUCUGUUUUCCUGGAGAGAGCCAUUUGCCUUGUCGCUGCUAAAGAUAGGGCGGCUGGUCCUCACCUUCGCUUCAGCAAUGAUGGGCCUCUCAUUUCCUCUCGUUUAUUCUGCUCUAAGUUAUAUCAGGGUUUGGUUGUCGCUUUGAACGUUGGGCUGGAAUCUGAUAGACUUUGUCGUAUCCGCAUCUUGGCCCUUAUGUCUCUGCAUUGCGAGGGUUACGAAGGUGCAGAGGCGGCGUCUAUGCACCUCUGUCAGGCCAUUCAUCAAGCUCAAACGGUAGGCCUGCAUUUGGACCGACCUGGUCGGACACCCGGCGAUUCUCUAUUUAAUCUUUUCUGGUGCCUAUGGGGCCUGGAUAGGUUGCAUGCCUGUAUCGGUGGUCGCCCAGUCAUCCUCUCUGACUGUGAUAUUGGGAUUGAGAAACCGAAAUUUCAGGAUCUUUCUCCCAAAUCCGCCUUUGAUAUCUGGUUUGCAAUAUCUGAUCUACUGUCGACCGUGAUCUCGCUUUAUCGACCUUCAUCGGAUCAUACGGUUGGAUGGGAGGGCGAAUUCCCUGCUGCAUUUGAAGGCAUUACAGGCGAUAAACUGCGAGAUGACCUGGACUUUGCUACACUAGGUUUCCUUGAGCUGUACUAUCAUGCAGUUGCCAUACUGUCAUGCAGAUACAAAGUUACCCACCGGUCGGAUGAGUCCAGGCCUUCGUAUGUCCGCCAAGGUCUUGCUGCCAUCCGAAUCCACUCCAUUGUUGCUACCGAAUGCUCCCAUGAGUUACCGCCUUUGCCUAUUGUUCCAUACGCAUUAGCACUUUCUAUGGGUGUAUCAUAUCAACAAUUUCGCUCAAGUAAGCUCAUCACGCAUCUUGAUCGAUCCCGGACCAGCCUGGAAGCUUGCUGUACUCUGCUCGAAGAACUGGGCGGGUUCUGGUAUUCUGCAGAAGCAACGGCGCGACUGGGUCGAAAAGCGUUGCACCAAAUUGACGAGGCCGAGCUUGGACAUCACCAACAUGGCCGGGCUGCCAGUCCUGCCACGCCCACAACUCAGAAUCCGAGGGCGUUUCUCUCCCCGCCUCCGGAUUCGUCUCUCGAUCCCGCCCAGGGCACUCUGAGUAACGUACGCAGUGGCGUGACCUCGACUGCGCUAGGGCAGGAACUUCCGCCCCGGCCAUUGUAUUCGCAAGAUAUCAGUGCCCCGGACCCUGAUCAUGACAACUUUACGGAUAUUGACACGUUGUUUGGAGAUUUCCUCGAUCUCUCUUUGCCCACCAAUUUCUGGGACCCCUUGUUCAUGACAGAGCCACCUCCCGGAACCUAGUAGGACCCUCCCUUAGAAAUUCCAGGCCAUGCUGAGGGUGAGCGUAAUCCUAGCUACAGCAUCUUCGGGGGCCGGCAUCAGGGUCUGCGCGCAGGUUCGCAAGACAGGCGACAAGGAACUGGCUCUAAUUUGUGCCGAUCUUUGCUCGCUACCAAAGCUGACAGGCUCAUCA